GCGUCGUGUUAGAAUCAAUUCCUUUCCUGCCGUGCCGAGAAUCUGAAAUCUCCUUCUCUUUCAUCAAACCUCAUCCACAGUUAGAAUCCGAUUCUGCGUGGAAAUUUCUACAAUAUGAGUGCAAGAAAGUAUCGAUUAGUAUUCUUGUCGAGAAAUUAUAGUUCUUACAGUUCUGUAAUUACCCUCCUUCUUUCUCCAGAAAGCAAUUUAGACUUGUCGCACAAAAAUGUCACCGGACGGCCAUCUCAUUUCGUCGACCCCAGGAGCCUUCAGGCUCCGCUGGGACGUCUUCCUGAGCUUCAGAGGUGCCGAUACUCGUCGUUGCUUCACUACUCACCUUUACAACGCCCUCGAAUCUCGCGGCGUUCGGGUUUUCCUUGACGACGAUGGACUCGAUCGCGGUGACAAGAUAGCCCCGAGUCUGCUUGAUGCCAUAGAUGACUCGGCCGCUUCGAUUAUCAUCUUCUCCCCGAGAUAUGCUUCUUCUCAUUGGUGUCUGGAGGAGCUCGCAAAGAUUUGGAACUGCGGGAGACUGAUUCUGCCGGUGUUUUUCAACGUCGACCCGAGUCAUGUUCGGAAACAAGAGGGUCCAUUCAGAAAAUACUUCAAGAAACACGAAGCCAAGAGGAGCAAAGAAGAGGUAAUCGGAUGGAGGGAAGCUUUGAAGAAAGUAGGUGGAAUUGCUGGUUUCCCUUUCUGGCAUCCCAGUGAAAGAGAAAAGAGAGAUGACCUGAUUGGACUUUUAGUGACAAGGAUUCUGAGGGAACUGAGUAAUGCUCCAGUUGGUGUGGCUGAGUUUACCGUUGGACUCGAUGCUCGCAUUGAACAAUUGUUGGAAUUGUUAGACAUGAGAUCCAACGGCAUGAGGGUAUUGGGGUUGUAUGGGAUGGGUGGGAUUGGUAAGACUACCCUAGCGAAGGCGUUUUUUAACAGAAUCGUUGUGGAUUUUGAGCAUCGCAGCUUCAUUUCAAGUGUCAGAGAAGUUUCAUCCAAAGAUGAGGGUUUAAUUUCUCUAAGAAACAGAAUUAUAAGUGACAUUUCCUCUCAAGCAGUGGUUGGUAACGAUAUUUCUGCUUUCAGAAGAGCAGUUAGUGAAAACCGUGCUCUGAUAAUCCUGGAUGAUGUGGAUGAUGUGAAGCAGCUCGAUACUCUAAUUGGCAAAAGAGAAUGGUUCCAUGAGGGAAGCCGUAUAUUAGUCACAUCAAGGGAUACGCGAGCUUUGCCUGAGACUCAUGUUAAUGUCUUGUACGAAGUUCAGAUAUUGGAUGACUCUGAGUCGCUAGAACUAUUCUGUUACCAUGCAAUGCGAAGAAAGAAACCUGCAGGCGAAACUUUCUUGAAAUUUUCGAAGGACAUAGUGUCUCUAACAGCAAGAUUGCCUUUAGCUCUGGAAGUGUUUGGUUCAAUGUUGUUUGGUAAGAAAAGGGAAAAGGAAUGGGAUGAUGCUGUGGAGAAGCUGAAGCUGAUUCGACCUGGGAAUCUCCAAGAAGUGUUGAUGAUUAGUUAUGAGGGGUUAGAUAAACAAGAGAAAUGCAUCUUCCUUGAUAUUGCUUGCUUGUUUGUCCAAAUGAGCAUGAAGCGAGAAGAUGUGAUCGACGUAUUGAGAGGCUGUGGAUUUAAGGGAGAGAUAGCAAUCGCAGUUCUCACAGAGAAAUGUCUGAUCAAAAUCAGGGACGAAACCAUUUGGAUGCAUGAUGAAAUUAGAGACAUGGGGAGGCAAAUUGUUGUGGAUGAAAACCUUGAUGAUCCUGGUAUGCGUAGUAGAUUGUGGGAUCGAUCUGAAAUUCUAAAUGUCUUGAGGAAUUUGAAGGGAACUCGUAGUACUCGAGGGAUGGUCCUAGACUUCGAGAAAAGAUCUGCUAAAGAUCAUAAAGGUGAUGAACUAAUUUCUGGGAACACAAAUGCCCUGGCAUUCUUUAAACAGAUGCACAAGAAAUAUUUUCAACGAGUUGAGAAAGACAAAGAGGCUCUAGUGAUUCACACUAAGUCCUUUGAACCCAUGGUGAACUUGGCGCUGCUUCAGAUCAAUAAUUUGCGAUUGGAAGGGAAAUUCAAAUCUUUCCCUGCAGAACUGAAGUGGCUACAAUGGCAAGGAUGCCCUUUAAGAUUCAUGCCUUCUGAUUUUUGGCCCAGGGAACUGGCUGUCCUUGACCUUACUCACAGCAAUGUUCAGAACUUGUGGGAUCGGAAAGGCUCCAAGGUGCCAGAGAGCAUAAUGGUCAUGAACAUGUCCCGCUGCUACCAACUAGAAACUCUUCCUGAUCUCUCUGGGUGUCAACGUUUAGAGAAGAUUGUUCUUGAGAACUGCUUCAACCUGAGUAGGAUUCACAAAUCAGUUGGCAGUUUGACUACACUUCGUCAUUUGAAUCUGACUCAUUGUAGAGAACUUAUUGAGUUACCCAAUGAUAUAUCUGGGCUGAAAAAUCUGGAGAGCCUCUGUCUCUCUGACUGCUGGAAGUUGAAAUCGUUACCAGAAGAAAAUAUGGCCAACUUGAAAUCACUGAGAAAACUUCUUGCUGAUCGCACGGCCUUAGUGAAGCUGCCUGAGACUAUUUUUCACCUUGAGAAGCUUGAAACUCUUAUUUUAACUGGUUGCCAUCACUUAAAAAGGCUACCCGACAACAUAGGACUCCUGGGUUCUCUGCAAGAGCUGUCUCUCGACCAAUCUGGAUUAGAAGAACUACCCAACUCUAUCGGGCGUUUGAAAAACCUUGAAAGGCUUGGUUUGAUGCAUUGCAAAUCUCUCACUGGGAUUCCUGAUUCUAUUGGAAAUCUCAUAUCACUUUCAGAGCUUCGGCUUUCUGGUAGUGCUAUCGGAGAGAUUCCUUCUUCAAUUGGAUCGUUGUCUUAUCUAAAAGAACUCUCAGUAGGAAAUUGUGAGUUUCUGAAUAAAUUGCCCGAGUCAGUUAAGUCUUUGGUUUCAAUUGUUGAGCUUCAGCUAGACGGGGCAGCAAUCACAGAUUUACCAGAUGAGAUUGGAAAUAUGACAUUACUUAAAAAGCUUGAAAUGAGGAAUUGUCAGAUGAAAUAUCUACCUAAAUCGAUUGGCAACCUCACAGCUCUCACAACCUGGAACAUUUUCAAAGGUAACAUUGUAGAACUGCCUGACUCCAUCGGAAGGCUCGAGAAUCUAGUCCAUUUAAGGUUGGACCAAUGUACAAUGCUCAGAAGGCUUCCACAUUCUAUAGGACAUUUGAAGUCCUUGUAUCAUCUUCGGAUGGAGGAAACGGGUCUGACAGAAUUACCUCAAAGCUUUGGCAUGCUUACCAGUUUAAGGACGUUGAAAAUGGCCAAGAAGUCCGAAAAUAACAUGCUUGAAGAUUCUUUUGUAAUCUCAUCUUUUUUGUGCAAUAUGAUAUUUCUGUGUGAUCUGGAUGCCCGUGGUUGGAGAAUAUCUGGGAAAAUUCCUGAUAAUUUUGAGAACUUGUCCUCUUUAGAGACUUUGAAUCUGAGCCAAAACAAAUUCUACAGCCUUCCUUCCAGUAUGGCGGGCCUUUCCUUUCUCAAGGAACUUCGUAUUCAAAACUGCAUUGAACUGGUGUCUCUCCCUGCUCUUCCCUCAAGCUUGACGAAGCUGAAUGCUGCAAACUGUUGUGCCUUACAAAGCAUUCAUGAUCUCUCAAAUUUAAAAAGUCUGAAGGAUCUGAACCUCACAAAUUGUGUACAGUUAGUGGAUAUUCCUGGCCUUGAACGCUUAGAGUCUCUGAGGUGGUUGUACUUGGGUGGAUGCCUUAAGUGCUCCUCCGCAGUCCGCAGAAGGCUUUCUAAGGUUACACUGAGGAAUUUAUUGAACUUGAGCUUGCCAGGAACAAGAUUACCCAAGUGGUUUUCAGGACAAACUGUAAGCUUGUCAAAGCCCAAGUACCGUAAAUUAACAGGUGUAAUCAUAGGUAUCAUUCUUUCAAUCAACCAUGAUGUUCCUAGUGAACGGCGAAAUGUUCUUCCUGGAGUGGUUGAUAUCAAGGUAGAUGUCUUCAAACUCGGCAAAAAUACAUGUACUUCAGGUUUGGACUUGCGUGGGUUGCCAAAAUCCAAUGAGGAACACAUAUACCUUUGCCGGUACCCGGAUUACCAUCAUCUCUUCUCUUUCAUGCGAGAUGGUGACACAUUAUGUGUGACUCGAUUAAACCCACCUGUGGAUAAGGGGUUAGAGUUGAAAAAAUGUGGGUUUCAUUUGAUCUUUGAAGGGGAUGACGAUUACGGCGGAGCUGAAGAAUCUGUGGACGGAAACUUACAAUCCGUGUCAGAAAGAUUGGCCAAGUUUUUCGACAGUUACGAAGAAGGAGGUAGCUCCGAAAAUGGAAUUGAGAGUGAAGAUAAUGAUGAUGAGCGCCAAACGCAAUUGGAGACUCAAGAAAGGGAAGAAACAAUCUCGUCAUCGUCUAUCCUUGGCAUCUCUAAUAUCUUCUAUUUUAUUAGUGCGUUCGUUCUCUUCUUGAGCUGGCUGCUAAUAGAAUUUUUCUUCAGCUAUGAUAUAUAG